AUGGCGUCUCGUCUGCUUGCGGCGGCCUCCUCCUCCUCCGCCUCCUCCUCCCCCCUCGCCCGCCUCAUCUCCAGCCGCCGUAUGGCCGGCGCCGCAGAUCACCACGGAUCGACCAAGGUGAACAUGUGGCAGGAGCCCUUGAACCCCGGCAACUGGAAGGAAGAGCACCUCUCAUGGCUCAUCCACUGGCAUGAAGUCUACAAGUCCAAAUGUAAUUAUUUUUAUUUAAUCUCCCUCUUGUUAGUAAUUACAGAACUACUACAGUUUGUGCUAGCCAGCUUAGCUAUGUGGGGCGCUAUUAUAUAUGGUGGAUUGAAGGCAUUUGGUGGGAAAAAAGAAGUGAAAACAGAGUCGUGCAAGAAUUUUUCAAGGAUUAUUUUGGUAGUUACCAAUACAUGA